UAAUCGUGGUGCGCGGGUUUUUUGCUCGCUCGCUACCUCGCUCGCUCACUCGCAGGCCGGCACGGCAAGCUUUGCGAGUGUGCGGUCCGCGCGAGAGGCACACUUUGACUGACGCUGCGGGGACAAGCCUCAUUUCUUCACUGCGCGCAAAAUCGCUACUGGUGGGCAAGCGGACAUCGUCCCGGUUGGAUUCUACUUUAUUUUUUUUUAACAAACCUCAUUCGUUACAAAGUUCACAGGAUCCGCAGCGACGCUCUGGCCUCCGAAACGCGAUCGCCGAUGACGUUCGACAGGCGGCGUCAGCAGCACGGGGGACCGCUCGCGACCGCAGAUUACUCCGUCCGAUUCUGCCGUCGGUGUAAAAGAUAGCCCUCCCCCCCCCCCACCACCCGCCAACGGUGGGAGUCAAUAACUCCCACUUCGGGCUAAUUCAGUACUCCCGAGCACCCUUGCAACUGGAUACAAUAACGCGCACUUGAGGGUGCCCAACAUCAGAAAGCGUCCGUGUGAAAUAAAAGGGCAGCGCUCCUUGUACACAACAAUCGUUUCGUCAAUUAAGGAGCGCUCAGGAUCGUUGAAGUGCCGUCUAAGAUCAGUCCCCUCUCCUCUCCCACGCACAAAGUACGUGGUUUCUUAUGUCAUCUCAAAAAUGCAGCGAGAUAUUUUUCUCCACUGCCCACCAAAACCCGUUUCUGCAUGUAAAAUAAAAACAGAUUCCCUUUUUGGCAGCUACUAUACAAUUUAUUAAUCGCACGGAGAACAGCUUUUUGAGAGACCGCUGAGCGCAUACGCUUACACUAAUUAAAAUGCGCUACGUGAUGAUUAAAAAAAACUUACCCAAUGAGAAUAACAAAAAAAUAAAAACAUAACAUCAGUGGAAACGUAACCUUCAAGGUUUCCAAAAACCUAGCCUCGGCGACGCAGCAACGCACCGCAUCGACGGCCAAAUUCUUCAAACUGCGAGCACGAUCCGAGACCCCCCACCCCCCCCCCCCGUCAAAAAAGAGACACGGGGGCACCAUCGCCCGCUCGUCAAAUGGCACGCUGGCGCAGCGAUUCCGACGGGCGCUCCAGCUUCCCCGCGCAGCCGGGGCGUAAAUAAAAUCGUCGGCGAGGACGGCGGCCGGCAGUCAUGCAGGCGAGCGGCGAGCCGGAGGCGCUGGCGAACGUGUCCGCCGGAAGGCAGCGGCCGGCGGGCUGGCUGGACGCGACGGCCGGGGAGACGGCAUCCGUCGUCAACGGCAGCGGGGGCAACAUCUCCGUGGAUCUGCGCAAGGGCGUGGGCCACCUGAACCUGCCCGUGCUGCUGCUCUUCGUGGUGGUGUUCCUGACCAUUGCCGGCAAUGUUCUGGUCAUCCUCGCCGUGUCGCUCGAGAAGAAGCUUCAGACGGCCACCAACUACUUUCUCAUGUCGCUCGCCGUAGCGGACAUGCUGGUGGGCAUCCUAGUCAUGCCCAUCUCGCUGCUCAACAUCCUAUACGGCUUCAAGUGGCCACUUCCACUGUCUCUGUGCCCCGUGUGGAUUUACCUGGACGUGCUUUUCUCUACCGCGUCCAUCAUGCACCUGUGCGCAAUCUCCCUGGACCGCUACAUCGCCAUCAAGAAGCCGAUUGAGCACAGUCGAUUCAACUCCCGGACCAAAGCCUUGCUUAAAAUCCUCGCAGUCUGGGUAAUAUCCGUUGGCAUUUCAAUGCCGGUGCCAGUCCUGGGCCUGCAGGACCUCGCCUACGUGUACACGGACGGCAGCUGCCAAAUGAACAUCUCCGACUUCAUCAUCUACGGCUCUCUGAGCUCCUUCUUCCUGCCGCUCAUCAUCAUGGUGGCGAGCUACGUGUCCACGACGCGCGUGCUCAGGCAACAGGCGUUGCUCUGCGAGGGCAUGAACGGCUGCUCAAACUCCAGCAGCUACAGCAGCAGUUACAGCAGCGGCGGAGGCAACAACAACCACGGCCGCGGCCGAGCGACCUCGCUCACGUCCGCGACACCGCCCGAAGCCGUUGGCCUCCCGGGCGGGGGGCCCCACGUCGCAUUGUCGGCCCUCGACGGGGUCUCCGCGCCUCCCGAAGCCGCCCUCUUGCCGCACAGGGCGGGCCGCGCUAAGAGCAGGAGCGUGACGCCGUCGCAGAAGCGGACGAUGCAGGCGAUAACCAAUGAGCAGCGUGCCUCCAAGGUGCUCGGCAUCGUCUUCCUGCUGUUCGUCGGGAUGUGGUGCCCGUUCUUCAUCACAAACGUGCUGUCGGCCCUGUGCCCCGCGGACGCGUGCAACAGGCACGCCAUGGCGGCGCUGCUCGACGUCUUCGUGUGGGUGGGGUACGUCUCGUCCGGAGUCAACCCGCUCGUCUACACGCUCUUCAACCGCACGUACAGGCAGGCCUUCGCAAGGUACAUCGCGUGCAACUUCAAGACGCCGCAGAACGCUGCGGCGGCGUCGCGCGGCAUGAACCGCGAGCCGUCGCACAACGCGUCCAUGCUGGCCUCGGCGCGUGACAGCCUCGUGCCGUCGUCGUCCACGCCGGGAUUCAGCUCCUCGUACUCCCUCCACAGCCUCAUCGGCAACGCUCGCUCCCCCAACGGGCGCCAGCUUCCCGCCGGUCCCGAGCGAGACGGAGACGCCGCCGCCAUCACGCGAGGCGGAAGUGGCUCCGUCAGCGCGAGCGCGGUGGCGGACAGCCGCGUGUAACCAUCGCUGCACAAAACUCAGCUGCGGUUUGCAGCAGGAGCCGGAUCGUUAAGGAUGCUGCCUUCUGCCGGCGUGGGCUACAGUAGCCAAGUCCAGGAGGUUCUGCCCCACAUUGCCGGGAUGUGCGAAGCGUUCCGACUCCGUCUGGUCCAACCGUGUAUAACGCCUAGGAGCUGCAACAGCUGUGCUGCUGCUGCUGCUGCCACUGCUGCGAUGCAUAUCGCAGAGGUGGUGGACAAUGCACAUCUGCAGUCGAGCAAAGUGGAGUCUAGGUGCGGUGGCUCAUGCGAAGAUUGGAGCCGGUGAUCCAGGCUGGGUGUGGAUAUGGAGCCGGAUAUGCGUUGAAGGGUUAACGCCUCUCACAUCCGCAAAGUUUUUAACCGGGCGUCGCGAUUCCUUCUCGCAAGCAAACAAUACAAAAGGAAUUGUCCAAAGAUCCCAAGCACAGCCUUGAAGCUUUCGUAGGGAAACAAAAAAUUAAAAGAGAAAGUUGAAUGUGCUGAGAGCAUUGAGACUCAAGUUGCGUGACCUAAAAAGGCAAUAAUAUAAAACCUCCACAGCAUCAGAAAAGCUCUGUAGCCUCGCUUUGGUUAAACCACAAAUUGCAGUCAAAAAGAAAUUGGAAAGCCACUGCAUCGGUCUUCAGUUUUGAUGUUAUUACUCAACUCUUGAUUUUCUUACAGAGCUGAACAUCUCGAAUGGCGGAUGAGGAUGACAACUCUUUGUGGAAGUGCCAACGGACGAUCUUGGCGACGUUCGCGACAACAAUGAAGCCCGCUCACGCCUGUAAAAAUGAGCUCACGAAAUUCCACGUGCGAUUUCAAUUUGUAUCAAGCCGGGGGAAUCUCACGGCUGUAACCAAGCGGUGAAAAAUUGCCGAAAACCCUGCAAACAAGAGGCGUGCUCCAGGUUUGCCACCGAGUCCGGCAAAAACAUGUUUUAAUCAAGAUGAGACAUUGGCUCAAAGGCCUAAAACUCCACCUUCAUCAUCCCUACCUGUCAGGCCACUAAGUGGCAAGAGAUGCCAAUCUGGCUCUGAGAAGACAGUAAAAAUGUAAAUUCUUCACCAAUACGCCUCCACCCCCCCAGCUUUUGAAUCUGACAGCGUCCUGUUGAGAACCCAGUGCCAUUGACAAACGAUCAGGUUUGACAGGAAAUUCUCCAUCUCAAAAAGGCACGUUCAUGCAUAACAAGUUGGCUUUUAAAUUAAAUCAAUUAUAAACCAUAAAAAUUGUUCUGCCUCAAUGGACUCUUACCUAGUUUUAAAGGCCAAUGACAGAUUAAUUUGAAAAUAUAACUUUUUCCCCGACAAUCUAUUUUAUUGAUUUAUUUUAAUAUUUUAUGCAAAUGACCCAAAAAUAAAACAGUGAUUACAGUACCAAUACAAGCUUUGAGUACAACUACUAUGUAGUUUAAAGAAUUUACUAUUACACCAAAAAUAAUAAAAGUGUUCACAUGUUCACUCCAUAGGUUUUUCCGGCAACAAAAACAGGUGUUAAGUUUUGAUUUAAAGCUUUCGUGACUGCAGUAAUUCAUAUUCUUAGUUUUACCGAAAAAACUAAGAAUAGGUGUUAAGUUGUUAAAACACCA